AAAAAGGAAUGGCUCAGGAGGGGGCUGUAGGUCUGGUAAGCAUUGGCUGGGCCCUGGGCCUUACCUGUCCAGGCAGCCUGAGGUCCACAAGCCAACAAGGGCAUGAGGGGAAUGAAUGCUGUCCCUGGGGCACUUCCAGGAGUAAUCCACCUACCCAGGUAUUCCACCAGACCAGCUCAGCUGGCUGCCCUGACUCAGGGAGGGGCAGUGUCUAAUGUGUGAUUGGAUGAGGGUGUAGGGUGGGGAUUUAGGGCAGAAGCCCAAUCAGGCCACUCCGAGAGCCUGAGCCUGGAAGGAAAUAGACACACACUCAUCAGCACACAGUGCCUGGAUAGGCUCAGGACAAACCACCUCAACUAUGCGUUCCCAGGAACCCAGAAGAGCCCACACCCACAAUGGUGGGCACCUGUUAAAGCACUUGAGAGGGAUGCCCCGAGCUCAGAGAUGAUGAUACCACCCACCCACUCAUGCCUAUCCCCAGGUAUCUGGCUGGGUCAGAAUACAUGGACAACAGCCCAGCUCCUAACCCUGCUGGCAUCUCUUCAGAACCAUGCACAACUGCUCUGGGCCCCAGGCAAGACAGGCUGGGUGUUAAGGUUCAGGGCCCUUCUCCCCACUGUCCUUGAUUUGCCCUCUCUGCUCUGGAGGUAGGCAGAGCCAGACCACAGACACUCUGGCUUCAGGCCAGCCGUUUACAUCCAGCAGCCUGACAGGAGGGUCUGUGAUAAGCCCUUGCCAGGAUGACUCCAUGUUUCCCCAGCCACUCCUGCCACAUGCUCACACAGGCACGCACACACACGCCAUCACGUCUGUCCGUGGGCACGCCUGUGGGUCCGCCCGGGGCCUGCUUCUAGGUCAGGCCUGCCUGGGCAGGACUUCCUGGGAGGGGCAGUGGCAGAUGCUGCUCUCUGGGGCACCAUGGCUGGUGAUGUGUGGGGCAGGGGCCGGGUCCAGGGCCGGGGCCAGGGCCGGGGAGCCGCUGUGGGGGCCCUAACCCUGGCAGCUGUAGCUGAAGGGAUCCGGGCCAGCCAGGAGCAACCCUUGGGGGCCCCUUCCCCCAGCCCUCAGCCCAAGCCCCGGGAAUUUGAACCUGAGGCUGAGACCCAGGUCCAGCCUGCUACCACUGCCUCUGGGACUGAGCCUGGAAGUGGGGCCCCUGCCCCUGCAGCUGGCAAUGAGCCCUACUCCCUGAACAGUGCUCAGGAGGCAGUCCCUCAGGGACCCCACCAGAGUUCCUGGGAGGAGGGUGCCCUCACUGACCUGGCCAUGUAUGUGGCUACCUGCCUGGAGGAGGCUGGCUUUGCGGGGACCCAGGCCACAGCGCUCACCUUGUCGUCAGCCCUGGAGGCCAGAGGGGAGAAGCUGGAAGACCAGGUGCAUGCCUUGGUGCACGGGCUGUUGGCACAGGUGCCCAUCCUGGCUGAAGGGAGGCCCCGGCGGGCCGCUCUGCGAGUGCUUAACUCACUGGCCCUAGAGCACGCGCAGGACGUGGUGCGUGCGCUGCUGCCGCACUCCCUGCCCCCGGAUCGAGCAGCAGCUGAGCUAUGGCGCAGCCUAAGUCGGAACCAACAUGUCAAUGGGCAGGUGCUGGUGCAACUGCUGUGGGCACUGAAGGGGGCUUCCGGGCCUGAGCCCGAGGCACUGGCGGCCACACGUGCCCUCGGGGAGAUGCUGGCUGUAUCAGGCUGCGUGGGAGCCACACGUGGCUUCUACCCACACCUGCUGCUUGCACUGGUCACACACCUACAUGAGCUGGCUUGUGGAGGAUGCUUCCCUGAAAGUCCUAAAGUUUGGGUCCUGUCCCACAGAGGGCCACCACACAGCCACGCCAGCUGCACAGUAGAGACCUUCAAAGCCCUGCUCACUGGGGAUGGUGGCCGUAUGGUGGUCACAUGCAUGGAGCAGGCAGGAGGCUGGAGGAGACUAGUAGGAACCCACACCCACCUGGAGGGUGUCCUACUGCUGGCCAGUGCCAUGGUGGCACACGCAGACCACCACCUGAGAGGCCUCUUCGCAGACUUGCUUCCCCGGCUGCGCAGCACCGAUAUCCCACAGCGCCUUACAGCUAUGGCUUUCUUCACUGGGCUGCUGCAGAGCCGGGCCACUGCACAGCUCCUGCAGGAAGACUUAAUCUUGGAGCGGCUUUGUACCUGGCAGCGCGACCCUGAGCCCACGGUGCGCUGGCUGGGUCUGCUAGGCCUCCGACACCUGGCCCUGAAUUGUGGGAAGGUACGGCACAUGAGCACUCUGCUGCCGGCGCUGCUGGGCGCACUGGGCGAGGGCGAUGUACGGCUUGUGGGUGCAGCGCUAGGUGCGCUGCGGAAGCUACUGGUACAGCCAGGUGUGCCGUUGCGGCUCCUGAGCUCACAGCUGAGGCUGCGCCUCCCACCACUUCUGGAUGAUGCCCGGGACUCUGUCCGUGCCUUGGCAGUUGGGCUCCUGGGUACGCUGGUGCGGCGGGGCCAAGGCAGGCUCCGGAUGGGACUUCAUGGCCCCCUUCGGAAGCUGGUCCUGCAGAGUCUCAUGCCACUGCUGCUGCGCCUGCAUGACCCUAGCCAAGACACUGCUGAGAGUUCAGAGUGGACCCUGGCCCGCUGUGACAAGGCCCUUCGCUGGGGCCUGCUGGAGGAGAUAGUCACUGUGGCCCACUACGACAGCCCAGAGGCUCUAAGCCGUGUUUGCCACCGCCUGGUUCAGCAAUACCCAAGCCACAUCCCCUGCUUCCUGAGCCAGACCCAGGGCUACCUGAGGAGCCCACAGGAUCCCCUGCGUCUGGCUGCCACCAUGCUUCUAGGCUUCCUGGUCUACCAUGUGAGCCCUAGCCAUGUCAACCAGGAUCUGCUGGACUCCCUCUUCCAGGAUCUAGGGCAGCUGCACAGCGACCCAGAACCCGCCGUGGCUGCAGCGGCACACGUGUCUACACAGCAGGUGGCACUGCUAGCCAGUGCACAGAGCCAACCGAGCCGGGGCCACCUCCUGUACCUGAUCUCUCGCAACACCUGCCCAGGCAGGCCCACACCACGCUACGCUGACAGCCCAUUCCAGCGCCGGAGCCUUGAGGGCCGGUGGGGCUGCAAUGGACCCUGCUCACCUGGCCCAGUGCCCAGCUUCUAACUCAGGCAUUGCAUCCUUGCAGUCACUGGUCCCCACAGCAGAAAACCUGUGGGACACUUUCACGUGAGGUCCCCUGAGCCUGGUGCUGGACGCCAGGCCUUUGUCCUGGGACUACCUCCCAGAGGUCACCAUAAGAGUGUGGAAGAGGGACAGCUGACACCAUUUCACCCUGAACCCUCACCUCUUGACCACUGGGUCCUUCUCCCUGCCAGAUCUGUUCUUCCUGCCUCCUGGAAGAAGUUGGGCCUGGCCCUUGGCCUGCACAGCCUCUGGCCUCCCAAGCCAGGAUCUUGUGGGGACACUGUGAGGGCGCCUGCCCCCUCCUGGGCCUUUGCCUCUUGCCUGGCCUUGGCUGUCCCACCUGUCAGAGGCUUCCUCACCACAAGACAUCGCCCUGUUCCUUGACGUGUCUGCUAUUUCUGACUGCUGUCCUGGCUUAAGAGGCACUGACCUGCUCUACUGUCCAUACCUGCUGUUCCCCUUCCCUGGCCACACGACCUCCCACCUCCUGUGACCUUGUUUAGAAGACUUUCUUGUUUAGAAUCCCUUCCUGCUAGACAGCAAAGGCUGGGAGUACACCAGGGGCUGAGGUAUGGGAGUGGGCAUCUCGGACCGUGAGCAGGGGUUGUGGCACUCAGCACCUUGCACAGGGCUGAGUGGGAAUGGUGGGACUGGACAGAUGGGAAGAGGCUCCUCUGGGGGCUGCCAAAGCUGUGACCUCACGCCUCUGGGUGCUUGCCUGGGCAAGUUCCCUCACCCAGAAGGCCUGUGUUGAGACAUACUCUCAACUUGCAAGGCCUCAUUGUGAAGGGCUGGGCUGUUCCCCCACACUGGGGGUCCUCAGGGGCAGGCAUGGGGUCCUGCUCACCUCAUCUCUCCUGCACUCCAUGAAAAGUUUUUAAAAUAAAAUAUAAAUACCCAUA